UUAUUGUCAAAAAUAAGAAAGAAAGAAAAAAAAAAUGGGUAUCCAAGAAACUGACCCGUUAGCCCAGUUGAGCUUACCACCAGGUUUCCGAUUUUACCCGACCGAUGAAGAGCUUAUGGUUCAAUAUCUAUGCAGAAAAGCAGCUGGUUACGAUUUCUCUCUUCAGCUCAUCGCCGAAAUCGAUCUUUAUAAGUUUGAUCCAUGGGUUUUACCAAAUAAGGCAUUAUUUGGAGAAAAGGAAUGGUAUUUUUUUAGUCCGAGGGAUAGAAAAUACCCAAACGGGUCAAGACCUAACCGGGUUGCCGGAUCGGGUUAUUGGAAGGCUACGGGUACAGAUAAAAUAAUAUCGACGGAAGGACAAAGAGUUGGAAUUAAAAAAGCGUUGGUGUUUUACAUCGGAAAAGCUCCUAAAGGCACUAAAACCAAUUGGAUCAUGCAUGAGUAUCGUCUCAUUGAACCCUCUCGUAGAAACGGAAGCACUAAGUUGGAUGAUUGGGUUCUAUGUCGAAUAUACAAAAAGCAAUCAAGCGCACAAAAACAAGUUUACGAAAAUGUAAUCACGAGUGGUAGAGAAUUCAGCAACAAUGGUACUUCGUCAACAACGUCGUCUUCUUCUCACUUUGAAGACGUUCUUGAUUCGUUUCAUCAUGAGAUCGACAACAGAAAUUUCCAGUUUUCUAAUCCAAACCGGUUCUCGUCGCUAAGACCGGACUUAACCGAACAGAAAACCGGGAUCAACGGUCUUGCGGAUACUUCCAACUUCGAUUGGGGUAGUUUUGCCGGAAAUGUUGAGCACAAUAAUUACUCGGUACCGGAACUCGGACUGAGUCAUGUUGUUCCUAAUCUCGAGUACAAUUGUAGCUACCUUAAGACGGAGGAGGAAGUCGAGAGCAGUCACGGGUUUAACAACUCGGGCGAGUUGGCUCAAAAGGGUUAUGGUGUUGACUCGGUCGGGUUUGGGUAUUCGGGGCAAGUUGGUGGGUUCGGGUUUAUGUGAUGAUGCAAUGCUGACGCAGUAAAAAUAAGUCGUUAAUUUUUGUCCCGUGGCAAAUCUUAUGUAUUUGGAUUUCAAUUCUUUUGUGUUUAGAGGCAGAUUCAUAGAUUUAAAUGUAGUAGAUUUGUAAUCUAUCAUGCCUAGAAAAUUUGACCAAUAGAUUUUGUAACUUUUGUUUGUUGUUGUUGAUCUUUUGUAUUGGUAGAAAUUUAGUGGAUUGAAAUUGCAUAUUGUAUUAGAAUA